AUGGCCAAAAUCCAACCCGACUCGGGGACCUUCAACGAUAUAACCGACAAGGUCCUUACCGCACCCAAGAAGCUCGCCCUGAACGAUGCAACUGCAGACUUUGCAGUCAUAUGCGAGAGUCGAUGUUACAUGGUACAUAGGAGAGUUCUUGAAAAAGAAUCUCCAUACUUCGAGGGGAUGUUCCGGUUCAACGGCGUAGAGGUCGAUGACAAAAAAGUCAAGCUUAGUGAUGUGGACAUGUACUUGAUGAAGCACGUCCUAGAGUUCAUGUACAACAGUGAGUAUACACUGCCUAGUGGAACAGUUGUCCCGACAACCGGCUACUGCAACCACACUACUGCUGCUCUACGAGAUGGACCUCUGAGAGGCCCUGCGAUUUUCAAACGCAAGUGUAUAUGUAGCGGCAAGACCCUCUCUCCAUCGCAUCUCAUGAUGCACAUUUGUAUAUAUGCUAUAGCCGACUACCUGGGGAUGGCUGCUCUCAAGACUUAUGCUUAUCAAGGUGCAACAGACGUGCUACACGUCUACUGGGAUGACGAAGAGCUGGAACUGGCUGAUGCACUCGAAGAGGCAUUCACUAGCACACCGGAAGAUGAUCGUUGUAUUAGAGAUGUCUUGAUAAGCACUCUGAAGGAGCAUCCAGGACUGUGGGUGGAUGAGGGAAAUGUACAUGAGUGGCUCAACGACAACCCUAAGGAGCUGGAGGAGGUGGAAUCUGACUGGGUCGUCCCCUGGUUUAGCAGUUAA